AUGACGAGUAGAUUCUCCUAUGGUGUCUCAGGAACGUGCGGUUACUCUGGAAGCUACGGCUACAGUUACGGAGCCCUUACCUCACAGCAGGCCGCCCACUCCCGCGAGGCAUCAAGGCACUCGGCCUUGUCUCAUCCUUCUUACCCACCGUCGGUACGCUCAAGAAAGAGAACUUCGACCGACGAGCAGCAUCCUCGGGUCGAGCCGUCUUCGCAUGCCCACGCCCGCGAGUCUUCUGCUGUUGGGAGGAGGUCCUCGGUCGAGGACGAAGGUACACACGGUCAUCGCAGAAGACACAACGAAGUCAGACACUCCGAGGAGGCUCGCAGGCGAUCUAUUGAUCACCAGAAACACUGCCAUCACCCACAUCAAGCACACCUUUGCGUCCCUGAUCCUCAUCAUCUGCAUCAUGCGCACCACACUCCUCAUUGUCACCAUUUGCACCAGCGGUACGAUCCACAGACAAAGCAGUUCCAGUACUCCAGCAGCGUUCCCAAAGAUAUCAAGUUUCCCGGGCUAGUCCAAAGCAAGGUGGUGGCGGUCAAAUCGAAGAACAACGACAUGUCCUGGCACCGGAUCAGCCAGAGUAUGGGGUUGGCCAAGGCGAGGGAGCACGACCGACUUGAAGAGAAGAUCCCUAAUCCUACAGUGCUCAAGGUGAAGAAGAAGAAGAAAUGGAAGUGGUGGUGGGGUAAGAAGAAGGAGAAGGAUCCUGUCGAGCCAGAGCAUCAUGAUGUCUACAACGUGCCAAAGAACAAGGAACCUGAGAUGACGGUUCGACCAGAAUCAAGACCCGGUAUGCUAGAGUGGCUCGGCGGCGAGUCUCUACCCGUUCAAUCACCAAAGGCUUUGAAGGAACUAUUCGAGCGGGAAUACUGA